CCUUAUGGGCAAAUUUGCUCCUCUUUAGAGAGUUGUGUUAUGCAGUGUGCAAAGUUCUGAAUGAGGAACUUCAUUCAGAGCAGAUCAGACAGGAGCUGGCUUCUGACCUGGCUGCUGGGGGCGAACAUGAGGAUUCAGCACAGCGUUGCUUCACUUUGGAUGUAACCAGCUUCAGGUGUCCAAAAUGGCAGUAAGCAGCCUGGAUGUGAUCUAUAUCACCAUGGAGUCUGUCAUUGGGAUAUCUGCAGUGGUGGGCAAUGCCUUGGUGAUCUGGGCAGUGAAGCUGAACCCAGCUCUGCAGAAGACCACCUUCUUUUACAUUGUUUCCCUGGCCCUCAGUGACAUUGCCAUGGGGAUCCUUGUCAUGCCACUGGCUGUCGUAGUGAGCCUGGGAGUUGUCACCCAUUUCUACUCCUGCCUGUUCAUGUGCUGCCUCAUGAUGGUCUUCUCUCAUGCCUCCAUCCUGUCUCUCCUGGCCAUCGCAGUCGACAGGUACCUGCGAGUGAAGCUGCCAAUCAGGUACAGGGCAGCCGUCACCAAGAAAAGGAUCCGUGUGACUCUGGGACUCUGCUGGUUUGUGUCUGUGCUGGUGGGGCUGGUCCCCAUGCUGGGGUGGAACCGGCACACGGGCAGCUCCAGCCACAUCGAGUGUCACUAUCUGGCUGUGAUGAGGAUGGAUUAUGUGGUGUAUUUCAGCUUCUUCGCCUGGAUCCUCCUUCCUUUGCUCAUCAUGUGUGCACUCUACGCUGAGAUUUUCUGUAUCAUGUGGGUAAAACUAAGCCCGAGCUCAGCAAGUGGAGAAACAGUUUGUGGGAAGGAAUACGAAAUGGCCAAGUAUCUGGCCCUCAUCCUCUUCUUGUUUGCAGUGUCUUGGCUGCCUCUGGGCAUCCUGAACAGCGUUUCAUACUUCUGCCCCUCCUGCACCAUCUCACAGGCUCUGAUGUACCUGAGCAUCCUGCUGUCUCACUCCAACUCGGUCAUGAACCCCGUUGUCUAUGCCUUCAAAAUCCCGAAGUUCAAACAAACAUAUGCUUUCAUUCUGAGGAAUUACAUCCUGCAUCAGAAGUCAGAGUUGGUUCUUCCUAGCACCCAGCAAACAGAGCUGGGACCAAGCAGCAUCUGA